AUGGUUGAACCUUCACCCAUUAUUACUGGUGUAAGUACACUUCAGAAUAAUAAAAGUCAACUAUAUAAUGGUUAUGGCCAACACUACCCUAGCAACCGGCAUUAUAGUGAAUACGUCAAGGAAGUCAGGAAGUGGCAAGAAAGCUUUAUCAAGCGUGAAAAGCAACAACUAAAAGAAAGUAUAAAAAAAGUGCCAUCCUGCUCAAAUGAUCGAAUAGGUCAAGCUGAUAAUAUUAAUCAGUUUAAUCGAACAGCAGCACUGAAGAGCAACUCGUAUUCUUCGGUACUUUAUAAAGGUAGGCUUCACAGUUUUAUGCCUAGAAGCGAUAUUGACCGCUUGGAUCCGCUCAGCCCACCUUCAACUUUAACUAAUCAGAAAGAAUUGCGACGUUCUAUCAUGGCUAUGACGACACAAGGUAACCCACAAUCUAAUAAUAACAUCUCGGCUAAAAGUAAUCAUUACGGAUCUAAAGCAAAUAAUUUUAUGGUCCCAGUCAACCAGAGAAAUGUAUCUAUACCCACUCUCCAUUAUAGUAGAGAUAAAAGUAGUAAACGUCGAUUAUCACCUUUAUUGAUGAUUACAAGAAGGCAGCGUCAUCAUAAAACUACUACUUCUACUUCGAUUAAAGAUCGUAAAAAAGUUAGUGAUAUUGAAAGUCACAUCGAUAUGACUGUUAAAUCAUCUGAUAAAAAUCUCGAUCAAGAUAGGCAGCAACCGGCCAAUCCUUUAACUAAUGGAGAACAGGAUUGUGGAACAAUCACACACGAUGACGAGCUAGAGGUUAAUAAUGGCAAUUCGGAUAGAAAUGAUGGUGACGAUUCUAAAAAGAAACAACAUGUUCUACUUGUUGAAAGUAUGAAAGGAAUGAAAAGAUUGCUGAACUGCAUAAGAAUGAUAGACACAUAUGCUGUUCAUUCACGUUUAAGAGGGAGUAAAAGUAAUGUGAGACGCUACUCUAGAGUAAUAUUGCCAUAA